AUGGUUUCUUCAAAUUCACCGUCAGAGGAGAUUGUGUACCCCACGCACAUGAUUGACAAUGUGUCCGUCCUGAAGUUCCUCGUCAUGGCCUGGACCAUGCGCUUCAAAGAUGUUUUGAACGCUGACAGACUGCACCAAUCGCUAUCGGAAUUACUUACUGUUGGCGAUUGGAAAAGGCUCGGUGGAAGAUUGAGAUAUGGGCAUAACAAACGAGGAGCUCUAGAGGUUCAUGUCCCGACCACUUACACGAUGGAACGGCCCGCCGUGUCUUACUCGCACCAACAUUAUGAUGUCAACAUCGAAGAGCACAAUGCAGCCAAUCUAUUACCAAAAGCGACUAUUCGACCUUCAACCUUUCCAGGAGCAUCGCGACCUCGAGACUUUGGUAUACCACCUGGUGCACCAGCAUCGCUGAAGGAUUAUACCAGUCGAGAUGUUCCAAUGAUCAGUCUUCACAUUAUCACCUAUCAAGACGCGACACUUGUCACUGUCACUUGGCCACAUGUUCUCUUCGACGCGGUUGGAUUCUCUCACUUGAUCGAGGCUUGGUCAACAGUCCUCGCAGGUUACAAAGAACGUGUCCCUAAUAUCAUCGGUCCUAACGAUGAUGUUCUUUAUGACCUUGGGGAGAUAGCCCAGGCUGAACCGCAGUAUGCAUCUAGCGAAGCGCGAAUUCUUUCCGGAAUAGCGUUCAUAUUCUUCGUCAUCCGAAUGCUCUGGAUCAUAUUCACUCAGCCGGUCGUUGAAAGCCGCAUCAUUUGUCUGCCAAAAGACGUGGUAGACAGACUACAUCAGCGCGCGUUGGAGGAUAUCAAGGAAGAGAACUCGGGCCAUGAUGAUCCAUGGGUCAGUCCAAGCGAUGCCAUCUUAGUUUGGCUCACCCGCGCCCUGGUCGAUUCAUCUAAGACACCACGUCCGAUCAGCAUGACAACUCCAAUCGACACACGAAACCGAUUGUCUCAACUUCAGAACUUCGAUGGAGUCUACAUUCAGAACAUGAUCCUAGGUUCCUUCGUCAACAUCGCACCGGGUGACCUUCGCAAGCCAUUGGGGGCGCAAGCUCUCGCAAGUCGCCGAGGCUUGUUGCAGCAACUAGAUGAGUCGAACUUGAUCGGCAUUCUCCAACUAUUUCGCAAACGCUGA